CUUCCAACAUGGCCGUACCCUCUCGCAGUCAGCAGGGCCAGUUUAAACGACGAGCCGCAGAUUCAAACUGACGACUUGAGACGCGGCCAGAGGAGCUUUUAGGUAAACCUGUCGCUUCUUCAGCCCCGCAGACAUGAGCAACAACGACGUUAUCCUCCCCAAAGACUUUCCUGAGCUGAAGAACGAUACAUUCCUGCGAGCGGCGCGAGGAGAAGAACCCGAACACGUCCCGGUCUGGUGCAUGAGACAGGCUGGGAGGUAUUUACCAGAGUUCCGCGAGAUCAGAGCUGGGAAGGAUUUUUUUGACACAUGCAGGUCUCCUGAAAACUGCUGUGAGCUCACCCUGCAGCCUUUGAGGCGUUUUCCCUUCGACGCGUCCAUCAUCUUCUCUGACAUCCUGGUCAUCCCACAGGCCAUGGGAAUGGAAGUCCAGAUGCUGACCGGCAAAGGUCCGACGUUCACCGACCCGCUGAAGGAACCUGAGGACCUGCAGCGCCUACGGGCCAAGGUGGACGUCAACAAAGAGCUGGACUACGUCUUCAAAGCCAUCACUCUGACCAGACACAAAAUCGAAGGGAAAGUGCCGCUCAUCGGCUUCACGGGCGCGCCGUGGACCUUGAUGUCGUACAUGAUCGAAGGCGGCGGCUCCACCACCCACUCCAAAGCCAAGCGCUGGCUGUACCGCCACCCAGACUCCAGCCACAUGCUGCUGAAGAUGCUGGCCGACGUGAUCGUGGAGUACCUGGUGGGACAGGUAGCGGCCGGAGCGCAGGCCUUGCAGGUGUUCGAGUCGCACGCCGGCAUCCUGGGCCCCGUGGAGUUCAGGGAGUUCUCCCUGCCGUACCUGCGGGACAUCGCUCGCCGCGUCAAGGACAGACUUAAGGAGAAGGGACAGGAUGUUCCGAUGAUUGUGUUUGCGAAGGAUGCUCACUACGCCUUGGAGGACCUUUCUGAGUCUCACUACGAAGUGGUGAGCUUGGACUGGACCAUUGACCCCCGAUCAGCAAGGGAACGCACUGGAGGGAAGGUCAGCCUGCAGGGAAACAUGGACCCCUGCGCUCUGUAUGCGCCAAAGGAACAGAUUUCGGACGUCGUGAGGAAGAUGCUGGAGGGUUUCGGAACCAGGGGCUACAUCGCCAACCUCGGCCACGGCCUGUACCCCGACAUGGACCCGGAGAACGUCGGCGCCUUCGUCGACGCCGUGCACCAGCACUCUAAGCUUCUCAUCAAACAAAAAUGAAGACAGGAAUAGAGGAUGUAUAUUGCUGAUGAUGUAGAAAAGAAUGCAUUAUUUAAUUGAAAAUCAUGUAUGUGUUUUUGAAUACAGAUUAUUAAAAUUUGAUUGAUUGAUUGA